CAACAAUCAUUUAACUGUAUUCCAUAAAUCAACAUUAAGCCUUUAAACACAUUUAAAAGCAUAAUUUUAUCGCGAAUGGUUGGGUUUUUAUGAUGGCUGUGUUGUUUUUUGUUAAGUUAGCAUCGUGUCUAACUAUUUGUGCUGCUAGUUAUCAUGAACAAUAUAGAGUACCCCAAGCCCAGACAGACAAAUGGGAGUCGUAUAUAUACGAUGACAAGGAAUACAUAAUUCAGAACCUGCCCGUCAACUGGGAGAACGCAAAGAUUCUGUGCCGUGGUCAUCACAAUGGCACCCUAGCGAUUCUGGAUUCGAAGGACAAAGCUGACUUCAUGGCUGAGGCGCUUUCAGAGUCCCAGCUUUCCAUUGAGUCGAUCUGGGUGGGUGCUCGGCGUGGUUCAGCCGAAGAUCCAGCAGGUUACCGGUGGAGCCAGGGUGUGGAACUGAGACGAACUGCUGCUGACGUGCUGGUGGAGAGAGACGGCGAUGUUAUCAAACAUUAUCCUGUGUGGCUAAACAGGACUUUAGUGCCGGUGCCGGAGGCAGGCGCUGACUGCGUGGGCCUGGAACGAGUGUUCCACGACAAACCUGUCUUCGUGGACCUGCCCUGUUAUUUGGAGCGUGCCUUUGUGUGCGAGAGAGAAGCAAGAAUAGAGACGCGCGCGGUCGAGCGCAAAAUAGUGAGGUGCAGGAAUGGACUGUAUCGCUUGUAUGACGGUUUGAUGAAUUGGCACCAGGCGGCCGCUUACUGCCUCUUGAAUAGGAUGAGUUUGGCAAACAUUGGGUCUAUGAAGUGCCUCAAGAAACUGGGGAUGAGCAUGUUGAAGGUUCGGCCAAGCAUUGAGAACGCGUGGAUCGGCGCGCGCGGCGCGCUCGGCCGCUGGAGCUGGCUCGACUCCGGCCUCAGCGUCUUCCAGCCGCCGCCGCUGCUGGAUGUCGCCGCUGCUAUGUGGCCACCUUUGAGAGACAGGAACGACCUGAAGCAGAGCGGCUGCAUGCAGCUCGACCGCCACGCCGGCCGCGCGCCCGUCUUCCUCGAGGCUCGCUGCGAGAGGAGGAUGCACUUCAUAUGCUACCAGGAGAAAUACUUUUCUGCUGACGUGCCAAAUAAAAAUGGUCGCAAGGACUUUUCGGCAGCAGGCGCGACUGGGCUGCGUACGACAGAGCCGACGCCAAGCGACGACGUGUAUUACUACGUGUUGGUUAAACAAAAGUUCUACUGGCAACACGCUUACGAAAACUGCCAGAAACUCAACGGGACACUGGCUUUUAUUGAGAGUCACGAUGCACUGAUAUCGUUGUUGUUGCUGAUGGGCGAAAAUAAGGAUGAACCCAUAGGCCACAUCUGGAUAUCAGGUCGUCUGAACAUGACCAAGGACGCGACAGACACCGUCAGCUACACGUGGUACAACCCUAGCAACGGCAAACGGAUUUAUGACAGCGUACAUGCCGCUGACGCCGCCACGUUAGGACUUUACGUUCCGCCGUGGUUGGACGAUGACUUCUCCCUGGACAACUCCUGCCUGAACCUGGACAGGCAGGACCAUCUGAACGCGAUUGUCUAUGGUCUGCCGUGCGACACGCCACAGUACUCCAUUUGUAUGAUUGAAAAAGCAAAGGGACCUACCACUGUUGCGCCUCCGACGACUACAGAAGAAACAGCAGCGUGAGAACCAGUGAUUUAAAAGAAUAUUUUUUGUUUGAAUAUAAUAAGUAGGGAACAAUUUUUUGAUACAAUUUGUGAUGGUAUAUAGGAUAGAGGUAAUUAAGUAUUUAUUUAUUUAUUUUUGACGCGAUGUACAGUCAACAGCACAUCAAGCUACCCUGCAUGAACCUCUAUGGCGCGGUAAUAGCGGCGAGUUUGCAAUGAAAUUGGGUAGGUUGAUGUGCCGUUCACCGUACCUAUGUGAAUUGGGAGUAUUACUGCACAUUUAUCCCGCCAGAGUACAGCACUGUAAGUUAGGUACACAAAAGCUUUGCCGCCUUUUGCUAUGUCGAUUAAAACGCUUAUUUUAGAGUACUUUAUUAAUCCUUUCAUUAUGUAAGCAUUCGUUUAUGAAAAUAAACAAUACUGUAGCAUAUUCGGGUGCCGAAAUAUUGGGAUAAAUCGUUUUCCAUAAGAUAAAAAAACUUCGAAAACUAUGGGUUACGCCUCACCUUGUAAAAUUUUCGAGUAACCGGCGAGUAAACGGUCGAUAAGAAGCUCGGAACACUUUACACGUGAAGAUAAGUCUUCAAAUAUGUACUUCAUACACGUAAGAUCUUCAGUCAAAAUCAAGUUUUAUAUCAGUUUAUGACCACAGUUGACCUAAUACAGAAUUGUAAUACCUCGUAAUGCAGAACAUAACCUAAAAUAGUGUUAUUAUUUUCAGGAUAAUCCACUAAAUCCUUCCUUUUUCCUUUAAACUCGCACCACGAUUGCGUAGAAGUUAUUUUUGGUCGUAAUUCUGCAACAAUAUUGAAAAUUGGCGCAUUUUGCCUCCAUUGGCAUUGUUUGUGUACCUUAGUUGUACCAGUAGUGCCAUCUGCGCUGAGCUUUGCGUAAUAUGCCCUAUUAAAUGUACGUUACAACUACAAGCAUGGAAUUAGUAGGUUCUUGAACGAAGUACCUACCUACUAAUUCCAUGGUUACAAUUAGGGUCAUGAUUUUUUUAUUGAUACAUUGACAAAGCAUGACAAAUGAUUUAAAGAAUAUAUAGGAAAAUAUGGUUUGUAAUUCAUACAUACUUAAAUUAUUUUUUUGAGAAUAUUUUAAAACUAUUACAUUCAGCGUGCCAGAUUUUUUGUAAAACUGUAUUUAACCUAAAAACUAGCUUUUUCCCGCGUAAAUUUCUCUUUCACCUCUUAUUAGAUAUAGUCAUUUGGUAGGGGGUUGAUUUAAAAAAAAUAAAGUAUCGUACAUUUGAACGGGGUUCUUUAACUUCCUACAUACUUUCGCGUUUAUAAUAUUAAUUACUUUAUAUUUAAAUUGGGAACAUCAAAAAGGGAAAUAACAAUGUAUGUACUUAUAAUAUACAUUAUACUGUUUUUUCUUAAACUUGUCUAUGAAUGUACUUAGCUAUUUUAUAUCAUUUUUUAUUUUCUGAGUUAAGAUUAAAUAUUUUUUAUAUAAAUAAUAGCUAGAUAAGUUUAUAUUACAGAUCCCCCAUGAGGCUGACAUUGUCACACAAAGUGGACUCGAGCCUAGUCAAAAAAUUUAGAAGAAAAAAAAAAAUAUAAAUAAUGCAUGUCGACAGUUUUGCAUUUCAUAUUAUUGACAAAUAUAGACUUGUCUAAGGGUUUGUCCUUUAAUCACAUUAAAUGUUAAAAAACAUCAUGUGAUCAAUUGACAACCCCUAAUGUAAAGGGUGUAACAAAAUACUUAUAUUAUGGUACACUGGGUAGAUCCUUUAUGCAAAGUUUCAAGUUAAUAUCAACAUUUCUACAAAGUAAUCUGCAGUUGUGUCUGUAAUUAAUACACAAACCUCGAUAUUACCCAAAAAUUUACCUCUUAUCUUACCUCCUCAUAUAUUAUACAUAUAUGUAUAUAAGUAUUUUAUUACAUCCUGUAUAUUUUGUAAGGUAAUUAAUUUAGAAAUAAAUACAAUUUAUAAUCCAACUUUUUUUU